AUGCUAGAUGCAGGCUGCACGCCGGCCGGUGCUGGCUGGGUGCAUCUCUCGGCGGCCGGGUUGGACGUCGACCAGCGUCUCCCCUUCGCGGCUGCACAGCACGAGCACUCGCACUCCCCCCACACGCCUGUGUUUGGUCCUCCUCGGCCAAGCAAGCAGCUCGUUCGUACCUGUUCUGUGCUUGCGCGGUGCUGCUCGACCGCACGCGCCCUCGAGGCACAAGACGACCCCCGUCGCCCACGGCCGCGCUCAAGCUCCAGCGCAUGCGCCUCGCCGCCAUCCAUCGGCAUCCGCAUACCACCCAAGCCCACACACACUCCCCCUCCCCCCCUCUCCGUCUCUCACAGCAGGUGCGCCGCGCCGCCCGACGCCACGAUGGUGUUCCUCGGCAUCUACCGCGCACUCUACGACUAUGUGCCUCAGAGCGACAACGAGAUUGCGCUGACCGAGGGCGACCUGCUGAUGGUCGUGGAGAAGUCGGCCGACGACGACUGGUGGAAGGCCAAGAAGAAGGGCCACGACGAGGAGCAGGAAGAGCCCGAGGGCCUCAUCCCGAACAAUUACAUCGAGGAGGCCGACCCCGUCUCCCACGCCAAGGCUCUCUACGACUACACGCGCCAGACCGACGAAGAGCUGUCGUUCCAGGAAGACGCCAUACUCGACGUGUACGACGUCUCCGACCCCGACUGGGCCCUGGUCGGCUUUGGCGGCGACUACGGCUUCGCUCCUGCCAACUACAUCGAGCUCGUCAAGGGUGGAGCGCCGGCGGCAGCAGCAGCAGCAGCAGCAGCAACAGCAGCACCACCAGCACCGCCCGCAGCGACAUCGCCCGGCCUGCCCAACCGCCGUGCCAUUCCUGCAGCGCCCGAGUCCGACGACGAGCAGGAUCCCCCCACACCAGACAGUCCUCCGCGCCCGAGCCCCGCCGCUGCCCUUGCCGGCAUCAUCCAGAAGAAGUCGGAGCAGACAGCGCCGCGCUCGACCAUCUCGCCUCCACCAAACGUGAGCGCUGCCCCUCGAAAGCGCGUCCAGUUCACGCCCGAAGAGUCCGACGAAGAGGCCCCGCCACCUCGCCUGCCCAACCGCCGUGCUUCGCAGACGCUCUCGCCCGAGCCGCAAUAUGCCUCUGCGCGCUCUCCUUCGCCCGACCGCGUCAGGUCGCCCCCAACACGGAGCCGCACGUUCGAUGCCUACGACCCCCCGCCGCGCGACCCCUCGCCAAACACACCGCUCUCAGGCUCCGGCUACCAUCUCUACAACAUCUACGAGUACCUGACGCAGCCUGGGAAAAACAAGAAGAUGCCCAUCACGCUAGGCAUCAAUAUCCCCCGAGGCAUGAUCAUGAUGGCUCCAGAGAAGGCGCGCGACGGCCCGCAAGAGGAGUGGUCGGCAGACAAGAUGGAAUACUACUCGCAGGAGGGGAAGCACAUCUUCAUGGAGCUGAAGCAGCCGAGCAAGAGUGUAGAUCUCCACUGCGGCGCCAAGGACACUGCCACAGAGAUCAUGUCGGCGCUGGGCGAGCUGGCAGGUGCUGCCAAGGGCGCAGGUCUGCGCGAGGUGCUUGCUGCAGGCUCCGGACACUCCAACGUACAGAAGAAGGGAGUCAUGCUCUUCGACUUCAUGGCCCAGGGCGACGACGAGGUCACCGUAGGUCUGGGUGAUGAGAUCCUGCUUCUCGACGAUUCCGCCAGCGAUGAGUGGUGGAAGGUCCGGCGAUUGAAAAACGGCAAGGAGGGUGUCGUUCCAGCUAACUACGUCGAGAUCACAAAGACUGUCCCCGCUUCCACUCCCGCAUCUGUCGCUCGAUCUGGGACAACCGCCGGUCGAUCCGUCGUGGACCAGAACAGACGGGACGAAGAGGACAUGGCUCGUCAAGCUUCGAGACGAGACAGGCCAAGGAGUGAUGCGCGAAGUGAUCAGGUAGGACCCGGUCUGCCUUUACCCGCCCGUGGUUCUAGUCUUCUGCAAACAAGCUCUGACCAUCCUCGUCCUUCACAGAGAUCAAGCAUGCGUGAGAGCUCCGCCAGAGACUCCAAGUCCUCGUCGUCUAAGCCAUCGUCCAAGUCGUCUUCCAAGCCAAACGCUUCGAAGCUGCGCACAUGGACCGAUCGUUCCGGCUCCUUCAAAGUCGAAGCCGAGUUUAUCCUGCUCAAGGAAGGCAAGAUUCACUUGCACAAAGUCAAUGGCGUUAAGAUUGCUGUGCCAGUUACGAAAAUGUCAGUCGAAGACUUGGAAUACAUUGAGCAAGUCACAGGCGAGUCGCUGGACGACGACAAACCACUCUCGGACAUCAAGAAAAAGAGUACCCUCCGCGCCAACGAGAGGGGUGCUGCCUCAUCGCCUGGUAUCUCGGUUCAGAAGAAGCCGAGCUAUGACUGGUUCGAUUUCUUCCUAAAGUGCGGCGUCAAUCCUCAGAUCUGCGAGCGCUAUGCCCAAGCUUUCGAGAAGGACCAGAUGGGCGAAGAGAACCUGCCAGAUAUCACACCUGCCCUUCUACGCACCCUGGGGCUUAAGGAAGGCGACAUCCUUCGUGUGACCAAACACCUAGACAGCCACUACAACCGUAGUGCUGGUGAAGCUAGCGCAGAGGGUGCUGCUGGAGGACUGUUCUCUGGUCCCGGUGGCACCUUGCGAAACAACACCCGGAAGGGACGUCCAGCUCCGCCUGUAGAGACGAGUAACGAGAUCGACCCAAAGGCGUUCGAGCAAAAGUCGGACGAGACCGUGAAGAAACCGACAGAUGCUACCAGAACUCCACUGGCAUCUGCCCCUGUUCCAGAGAAGAGGUCAGAGGCGGCUAAUGGAUUUGACGAUAAUGCAUGGGACGUCAAGCCUACCAGGCAGACCGCACCAGCACCAGCAACAGCAGCCUCACCGCCUCCAGCGCAGACGGCGCCGCCUGCACCGAAACCGCCUGCACUGACUGGCUCGAUGAAUGACCUGUCUCUGCUGGACAUGCCCGCACUUAAACCUGAAGAAAUGCCAAAAGCACCAGCCCCGACCCCUGCACCGGCUCCCGCUCCCGCUCCCGCAGAGCCUGCUCCUGCUCCUGCUCCACCAUCCCAGCCGACAGGAGCCACAAUGUCUCUGUUCGAUCAAGUUGCUGCCAUCAAGGCGAUGACGCAGCCUCAGAGCAUGGCGCCACCACGGAUGCGACCCCAAGCUCCCCAGCAGACUGGACCCGGUGGGCUCAUUGCUCCCCCACCACAGCGAUCCACUUCUGCGCCGCAGAACCCGCAGCAGAACAGUGCUUUUGGUCCUCCACCGGCUCUCAUGCCCCAGCUUACUGGCUACCAAGGCAACUCAAACAUGCCGCAGAUGGCUCCUCCCGGACAAAGCUUGAGCGACCAGCAGAACAUGCUGAACAUGCAGCGAAUGCAACAACAGAUGACUGGCUUCCCGCAACAGAACUCUGGAUACAACCACUUCCCGCAGAACGGACUGAUAGCUCAACCAACAGGCUUCCCACCACCCCAGAAUGGGUUCGCGCCCUUCCAGCAGCCACAACCCACCGGUUUCCAGCAGCCAAUGCAGACCGGAUUUGGCCAGCAAGGCUUCCAGCAAGGUUUCGGAAACGGCAGCCCAUUCGCAGACCCACCACGGGCGCCAUUCCAGCCUCAGCCCACGGGCUACCACUCUUUCCAGCCAUCGCCGCUCAACCCCCAGGCUACGGGUGUCAACCAAUUCCUCCCUCCAGCUCUCCAGCCUCAGCCUACCGGGUUUGGACAGAGCCCCCCUCCCAUGCCGCCGAUGCCGCCGAUGCCAUCGAUGCCCACAGCGCAGGCGUUGGUGCCGCAAAAGACUGGCCCUGCCCCAGCCAUCCGAUUCGGAGUACAGCCGGCAAAGAAGUUGGCACCGCAGCCAACGGGGAAGGCCAGCCUUGCCAAUGCUACUCCUCAGAACCCCUUUGGCUUUUAG